UUCAAACUCCAGUACGAGACCAGCGAUCAUGCCAAGUCAGACCUGAGCAAGGCUUCAAGUAUGCCCUCUGUAAACAUACUAAAAGUUUUAGCAUAAGUGAAUUAUGGAAAACUCGGGCAGGCCUUACCGGGCCAGGCAAGGCGGCUGGGAGAGGGGAGCCGGUGCAGAGAAAGCAGAAAGCUGGAGGAUCCAGGACCAAGGUAGAGGACAAGGCUUCAGAUCAGAUGGAGGUCAGCAGGGCAGGAAUCAUGGCGGGCCGUACCGGGCCAGUCCCAAGAAGGGAGGGCUGGGGCCCAUGAGUUUCUCCCCUGGUGGAUUCAGGGGAGGUCACAGCCCCUCGCAGAAAGAUGACCCGCGGUGGUACUCUGGUCCUGAGAGCAGUGGUGGAGGUCGAGAGGAUAACUGGAGGGAGCGUUCACAGCAGCACUGGGGAAGGAGUACCCAGGGGGAAGGUCCAAGGGAGGACAGGGAGCAGGGGAGGAGAGAGGACAAUGAUGGUGGACCUAAUAAAUCAGGGAGGAGACGGAGAAACAGAAACAAGAAGAAAACAUUCGCUGAAGAGAAUAGGGGCCUUGAAGAGUCCACACUCUCAGCCACAGAACUGCGCAGCCUUCAGCAAGCAGAGAGGCGUCUCAACAAAGAAGAGAUCUACCCUCUAAAGAAGAGAUCCCACAGCAACCCUGCUGCAUUGUACACCUGCGCUCUGUGCGACGUUCUCCUGGAAUCUGUGUCUGAUGCUUACAGGCAUAUUCGAGACAAACGGCACAAGAAGAGGGCCAAGGAGCGGCAGGAGCAGGUAAUGCUGACGGAGAUUCUUCCUCCUGGUCUGGAGCAGAUCAGUGCCGUGAAUGCUGCACUUGAGGCUGUGGUCCGAGAUCAUGGGCUGAACGACCAGGAUGUUGAAGACAGACAGUGUGUUGUCUCCUACAUGCAAGACCUCCUUCUGUCCGUCCUGCCUGAGAUCAAACUCCGGCUUUAUGGAUCAUCUUGCACUAAGUUUGGAUUUAAGGAUUCGGAUGUCAACAUUGACAUUCAGUAUCCACCUCACAUGCAUCAGCCAGACGUCUUGAUGUCGGUCAAGGAGACUCUCUCUGUGAGCCCUCUGUUUGUUGAUCUGGAAGCUGAUUUUCAUGCCAGGGUGCCUGUGGUCAUCUGCAAAGACAAAAAGAGCGGACUGAUCUGCAAAGUCAGCGCAGGUAAUGACAACGCCUUCCAAACCACCUCCUAUCUGGCUGCUCUGUCCAGUCAGGAGCAUCUCAUCCUCCCUCUGGUUUUGGCACUGAGGCGCUGGGCUCGGAUCUGUGAGCUGGACUGUGCAGAGGAAGGUGGCCUGCCACCCUACGUCUUUGCCCUCAUGGUGAUCUUCUUCUUACAGCAGCGCAGAGAGCCUCUCUUGCCCUGCUACCUGAAACAAGAGAUCAAGGUGUUUUCACUCAGCAGACUGAAGGACUUCAAUCUCACACAUGUAGAGGACGGACAUUUACACUGGUCCUACUCUCCUUGCUCAAAAGACUCCUUACAGCCUGCAGAGGGCUCCUGUAUAAAGGGAAAGGUUCCACUGGUGUUUCCGAGUCCUCACCCGCCUGUGGAAGUUGGGCUUCUGUGGGUUGAAAUGCUUCGCUUCUACUCUCUGGAGUUCAUCAUUGCUGACAAUGUGAUCAGCGUGCGGACCAACGCCAUCCUCUCCAGAGAACUGAAAGACUGGCCGAAGAAACGCAUCGCUGUGGAGGAUCCCUUUGCUGUGAAGAGAAAUGUGGCCCGCACAGUGAACAGCCAGCAAAUGUUCGAGUACAUGGUCCACUGCCUCAAAACUACGUACAAAUACUUUGCACUGCCGCUCAACGCACAAGCUGCCGGUCAGAAGACACAGGCACAGCAUGGAGCCGUUAAAGGGGCCAACGCCCAGGUUUCAAACGAAGACGUCCUCUCCUCAGAUUUCAGUCAGCUCAGUGUUCAGUCCCAACAUGAACCUAAAGCUGUAGGAAAUGGUCCUGACGACUCUGAUUGCAUUAUCGAGGAAGAGGAGGAAGUGGAAGAAUACAGUGACUCGGACGAGGAGAGAGAGAAGGAAAAAGCGGACCUGGGUAAAAGCAGUUUGUCCGAGGAUGAGGAUGAUGAGGAUGUAGACGCACAUAACAGACAUCACUUGGACAGCCUCACAACAGAGGAUGAGGAGAUUUUCCCAGUGGAUGAGAUCUCAGGGGAGGAGCUUUUGUCUGAUGAGGAGGGUCCAGAUUUGGACACACCUGGUUCAAUGGAUGAGGAAGAGGGGGAGGAGGAAGAGGAGGCGGAACUGGCACUUGACAGUGUCUCACCUCCACCUUCAGAGAGUACAAGUAAAGAUGAGAGCACUGGGAGUAAACCCCCAAAACAGAAGAAAAAAUCUUAUGAAUUCAAAAGGCAAGCUUUCACUAAAGGAAAGUCCCACAUGGUCGUGUGCAGCUUGUGCAAGCGUGACGGACACCUGAAGAAAGACUGUCCGGAAGAUUUCAAGAAAGUACAACUGGACCCUUUGCCACUCAUCACUCCUGAGUUUCUCAAUGUCCUAAACAAAGUCUGCGAGCAGUGCUUCACUGACUUUGCCCAUGAUGAACUGGAAGUUGAUGUAAGAGAGCACAUCCUUCAGGACCUGGAGACCUUCGUCAGAAGACAGUUUGCUGGAGCUCGGCUAAAACUUUUUGGAUCCUCCAAAAAUGGCUUUGGCUUCAGACAGAGUGAUCUAGACAUCUGUAUGGUGCUGGAGGGGCAGCAAACCAUAGGGGAUGUUGAUUGCAUUCACAUAAUUGAGGGCUUGGCAAGAAUGUUGAAGAAACACCCAGGUCUGAAGAACAUCCUGCCCAUCACCACAGCCAAAGUUCCCAUCGUGAAGUUCUACCAUGUUCGCACGGGCCUGGAGGGAGACAUCAGCCUCUACAACACUCUGGCUCUGCACAACACACACCUGCUGGCUUCUUAUGCUGCUAUCGACUGGAGAGUGAAAGUCCUCUGUUACGUUAUGAAGGUUUUGCCAAGGUGAAUGUGUGACAUCGGUGAUGCUUCACGUGGCAGCCUCUCGUCCUACGCUUACACCCUGAUGGUGCUGUUCUUUCUCCAGCAGAGAAACCCACCAGUUAUCCCCGUGCUGCAAGAGAUUUAUGAUGGAAAACAGAAGCCGGAGAAUCUAGUUGAUGGCUGGAACGUGUACUUCUUUGAUGAUUUGAAAACACUACCCACUCGCUGGCCUCAGCACAAGACGAACACGGAGACGGUGGGGGAGCUGUGGCUCGGCCUGCUGCGCUUUUAUACCGAGGACUUCGACUUCAGAGAGCAUGUAGUCUGCAUCCGUCAGCACGGCCGCCUCACCACCUUCAACAAACAAUGGACGUCCAAAUACAUUGUCAUCGAAGAUCCAUUCGACCUGAAUCAUAAUCUCGGUGCUGGUCUGUCCAGGAAAAUGACAAACUUCAUUAUGAAGGCUUUCAUCAAUGGCCGAACGGUGUUUGGAACACCAGUCAGAGCCUUUCCUCCUGUGUACCCCAGUCACAUGGAGUAUUUCUUUGAUCCUGAAGUCCUAACUGAGGGAGAAGUGGCUCCGAAUGACCGCUGCUGCCGCAUCUGUGGCAAGAUUGGUCACUUCAUGAAGGACUGCCCUAUGCGUAAGAAUAGAGCAAGGCAUAGAAGGGACUCUGACAAAAGGCCAGAACAUCUUCGAGACAGAAUCGAUGGAGAAGACGGCAAAGAUCAGAUCCGACACAAGAGUGAUCACUGGAGGAAAAGAGAUGCACUGGAGAUGCGCUGCUGCUUCCUGUGUGGAUCAAGUGCCCACAUCAAGAAGGACUGUCAGCUGUACAGAAGCCCUGCAGGUAACAUGAGGACAGAAAGCUUUUCCUCACCCUCGUCAGCCCACUUGAGGAAUUUAAGAGAAAAAGAGAAGCAGGGUUCACCGAUACAAGAAGACAAGAAGAGAAAGCAACAAAAUGUGAUAUUAAGUCCACAAGCAGGAAGUUUAGCCUGCCGAAAUUUGGGUCGCUCUGCUCACAGGAAGAGCCCAGUGGAAUGAGCAGCAGCUGUGGCUACAUUGACCAUGAGGUUCCACUCCUGUCCAGGCAGAGAGCAACCAAAAAUCCAGAGAUCCUUGAAUCUGAACGGGACUGUCGGGCCAGUGUGAGCCCGUCAAAAAAAAAAAAAAAAAAAAAAAAAGCCAAAGCCAGGACGCCUUGACUUGAAGCCAAAUAGGGCCUUUUUUAUGUGUUUUUCUUUUCUCCCCCCCAAAGCUCUCCUCUUCAGAGGAGCUUUUUAAAGCUUUCUUUUUAACACUAUGAGCCAUUGUGCAUGCACCUCACACCUUUGUUUUCCUACACUGCCAGUCAGGUUUUUUUUUUUUUUUAAACUCAUUUCUUUUUCAAGCAAUCUCUUUGCAGAUUCAGUUUGAAAUCUCUUAACUUGUAAGUAAUUGAGAAGUGUCUGUUAAGUGACUGAUAGUAAAUCAUCUUAGAUCCAAUGAUGAGUUUUUUUUGUUUCAGCAGACAACAAAAGCCAUAUUCGUCUUAAACCUGAGUCUACAACUCUUUGAUAGACUCACUCUUGUGUUUUAAACUCAGCUAUACAUAAGACAAAUAGACGUUGCAAUAUCCACGGCAUGCUGUCUGCUAUUUAUAGUUCAAAGUCCAUUCAAUUCAUCACCCAUUUUAAAUACAGUCACUUUUCAGCUCACUAAGUUCUUAUUUUAGAGUUACAUGGUUUUACGACAAAUGUCAUCUUAUGUGUGUAGAGAUUUUACUUAAUGAGAUACAUUUCUUAUAUAACCAUUGGAAGUUUUGAAUGACGGUGUACCUUUCACAAUGACCUGGAUCUUCUUUAAAAUUCAGUUUGAUUUGUCCUCUGCACUGAUGUCCAUCAGACCAUCUCACCUUCAGCCUAUAAAGCAGCUCUACUUACAAUAUAUCUCUGUGUUCGUGUGUCUCUGAGUUCCAGGAAUAUCCCUGUGGAUUUUCUCUUUUUUUUCAGGGUCAAUGUUUUCUGUUUUUCAAACUGCUAAUCCACUGCUUAAUUCAUGGAAAUGACACAUGCUGCCCCUCAUCCGCCUUUAAGUUUUAAUGGUAGGACUGUUCUUACUCUGUUAAUCCUGCCAUGUGUCUGUUCCCAUACAAAUACUAGCAAGUGUAACUUUUGUGCACAUAAGACAGUUUGGACAUAAAGAAGAAACAUUUUUCCAACAGUAAAAAAAAAAAAAAUCUAAAUCCAAUGAACUGGUCAAGCUGAUUGCUUACACUGCUACAAACACUGUUCCAAUAAUCUUAAACUAGAGCUAGUUUAAUGUUCAGUGGAGAGAUAAAUGUAUUUAUUUGCCACAAAGGCUUCAUUUGUUGUAAUGGUGCCACAGAUUGGUAGCUGCACUGUGAGGGUCCAUGCCCUUAAUUUAUGUUGCUGCUAGUUUAUGUCUCUAAGACCUGCUUAUCAUUAACUUUGAAUAUGGACUGUCUGGCUUUAUUGUUGUCCUAAUAUGGCUGACUUUUAUAAAAUUAAAAAAAAAAGGAAAUGUUGAUAUUAUAAUCAAACUUCUCAUUUUAAUGUAGCUUUGUUUUUAUGCCAAUUAUUUGCAUUUCUUUUGUUGGACUCAAAUUGAAGGUUAAUUUGUUAAUAUUGAACCCCCAUCCUGCCAGAAAAGGUUGGCUUGCAAUCCAUUUUGUGUCUCAAAGAAUCCAUUAAACUGAAACCAAAUCCCA